CGAGCUCGCUCCUUUGGUAAAAGGUGGUGUUCAUCCCCACAGUGUUGCGCGUGUUUGGUUCCGCGUGGUAGUGUCGGUUUCCUUCCCUUUCAUCCCGGCAGCCAAUUCUCCAUAUGAACGGCACAAUGUCAGCAGAUCUUGUUGGUUCCCUCCUGUCGUCAUUGUCGCUGCAAGGGGAUGCCGAUGGCCUCAUCCCGCACUGUCCUUACGACUUUAUAAUUGCCGUUGACUUGGAAGCAACUUGCGACGAGAACCAUGCUGACCCUAGUGCGGUGCAAGUUCCAAGGGAUAAAGGGGAAAUUAUUGAACUAUCGUAUGCCGUCGUGUCGGUACCUGAGCGGAGAAUAGUGCACCAAAGGCAAAACUUUGUGAGGCCAGUUGAGACGACCGUGACGGCCUAUUGCACCCAACUAACAGGGAUCACGCCUGAGCUGGUUGAAAACGCUGGAACCUUACGCGAGGCCGUCGAAGAUCUUCUCUCCUUCAUUCAAACAAACCCUCAAAGCACCUUCUGCUUCAUGGCCCAUGGCGAAUGGGAUUUCCGAUUUCAACUUCCGCGGGAAUGUCAGGAAAAGGCCAUACCUCUUCCGCCACUCUUUAGCGUCUUUUUUGACAUCACCAAAGAGGUUCAUCGUAUGAUCACUCUCUCUGCCGGCGUUCCACGACCAGCAAGUACUGCAUCUCUCCUGAGCCUCUGCAAAGCGAUGGGCCUACAACAUGAAGGACGGUUGCAUAGUGGGCUGGAUGAUGCGGUGACGGUGGCGAGGUUGGCGAUUAUAUUAUUGCAAAGGGUACACACGUGGUUUGCUGAAAAAGGGGAUGGGGCAUUACCGCCUGGAUUGGAGUUACCCUUGUCGAUACCCAUUGAUCUCGGGCAGGAGAUUGAGGACUUUGCGGUGGCACGAUCUAGGGUUGUGCGGCUGGGUGGAGUGCCUUUCAAGGCGACACAAACCCAGGUAUUGACAUUCAUUGGAGAAAGUGGUGUGGCCCCAGAAUCUAUGUGGAUGAUCAAGAAUGCCGAGGGUCGAUCCGACGGACGAGGAUUGGUUGUGCUACAUACCCAUGAAGACGCAAUGGCGGCAUUGAGCUUGAAUGGACGUGUUAUGGGGGAUCGCGUUGUUCAAGUCACGCCUGGUAGUGAGGUAGAUCUGGAAGAGACUGCAGCGGUUCGCGGCCCCUUCUUGACUGAUCUGGAAGCCCAGCAAGCCACACCAUCUCAAGAAGUGAAGCCGGGAGACUGGUUAUGUCCUACUUGCCAGUUCCACAAUUUUGCGAGUCGCCGAAGCUGUUCCAAAUGCCAUGCAGUCAAUCCAUCUCCAACCCCAUACGUGUCCAACCAGCCAUUAAAGCCAGGUGACUGGAUAUGCCAAGACCCGACCUGCACAUUCCAAAACUUUGCAUCUAGAAUGCUCUGCAUGCGGUGCCGCGGUCCUCGACCAGCGGGCAUGGAAUUGGCGCGUCCGAAUGGGAUGAACGGAACACUGGGCAUUUCCUUCUUGACACCAGACGGAACACCAGUCCAACAAAGGCCACAAGAAGUGCGACCCGGAGACUGGUUCUGUCCCAACUGCCAGUUUCACAAUUUUGCCAGUCGACGCAACUGCGUCAAGUGCAGCUUGACUGUCACGCUUCCUGCACCUCCAAGAUCGUUUGCUCCCAACAAGCCCGGCGAUUGGGCAUGCCCUAACCCCGCUUGUGGAUUCCACAACUUUCAAUAUCGAAAUGAAUGCAAAGUAUGCCAAACAGUCAAACCAGCUGGAAUGGAGUACCACCCUGCGAUGCAUAUGCAGGGAGCCCGCCAGCAGCUUUCACGACCAAUGGAAUUGCGCCCAGGCGACUGGCUCUGUCCCCACUGCCAAACACACAAUUUCGCAAGUCGCCGUGCGUGCAUGAAGUGUAAUGCCUCUAUGCAUGUAAACGGCGGUAUGGUCCGGCCGCACCACCACAAACCUAGCUCCAAAAACAACCUCCGACCCGGCGACUGGCUCUGUCCUGACCCUACCUGUGCAUUCUGGAACUUUAAAUCCAAAACAGCUUGCACCAGAUGCGGACGGGCUAGUAUUGGGGCACAGAUUGUACCUGAAGGUUACAAUGGCGGGACAUUUGGUGCCAGGAGAGAUGGGGAUUGGGAUUGUCCGAUUCAAGAGUGUGCGUUUCACAAUUUUCGGUCGAGGACCGAGUGCCACCGAUGUGGGGCGAUGAAGCCUGUAGAGGAGUGAUUGGUUGCGGUAGAUGAUACUUAUACAUAUGCACGCAUGGACCUUGUUUUUCUUUUAUUCUUAUAUUAUUGGAAUGCAUCCGGCAAGGGUAUUUUCCACCAUGAACCAUACCUUGAUCCAGCGAAUUACGUAAUGACUAGAAAUGUCUCUCCCU